GUCAGCUGUUCAGCACUGUAUUCCUUCUCCACAAGAAAAAAACAAAAAACAACUAUAGGCUGUCAUCUUUGAAGAUUGGGAUGUAGCAAGCAAACCAGGACCAAGACAAAACUCUGAUCUGUGUCUAUGGUGAAAUUUUUAUCUCUUUUUCUAACGGGAAAAUUAUGCAAGGAUGUAUUUGAUCAUUAAAACCUCUGAUUUUUAGGUAGAGCUUCCCUUGUUUCUGUGUUUGCCGCACACAGGCUGAUGGAGGUGGCCUCACAGCUGAGUCUAUAUUGGUGGUGCUGAGCUCAGCCGAGCGAGCUGCAGCCCAUUCCUUGAAGAAGAAAUUAAAUAUACACCUACAUACAGGAGUCAUGGGGGACAAUAAAACUGGAGGCAUAGUAGCAGCUGCGAUGAACCGUCUGCAGGUGGUGAAGGGUUUGGAGGAUGUGGAGGUAUCUGAGUGUGAGUGCUGCUCCUUUGAGGUUAAACUCAACCUGGCUUACAUUGAAGGAGUGUGGACCAGGGAUGGGAUUCAGGUUAAAUCUAAGCCAUCCUGUCGCAUCAGCACACAUGGGAAGAAACACUCCCUCGCACUGACACGGGUGGCGUUGGCAGAUGGGGGUGUGUACACUUUUCAAGCCAAUGGGAUCCAGACCUCAGGCCGACUCAGUGUCAGAGCUAGGUACAUCUGCAUCACAAAGGAGCUGGAGGACAUUGAUACAAUAGAGCGUCAGCAGGUUAGUUUUGUCUGUGAAGUAAACGAAAUAGAUGUGGAUGGUCGGUGGUACCGCAAUGAGUGCCGAAUCCGACCUGGGGACAACAUCAAGAUCAGGCACCAUGGUAAAACUCACACCUUGUUCUUCAAGUCAGUCAGACCAGAGCACGCAGGAGACAUCAGGUUCACAGCAGAGCGUGUGUCUUCUUAUGCCACCCUCUCAGUAAAAGAGCUCCCUGUCCAAAUAAUUCGUCCUCUGAGGGUCAAGAUAGCCAUGUAUCGUCACAAAGGUCUGUUAGAGUGCCAGGUGUCCAGGCCUAAUGCUCAGGUCAGGUGGUACAAGAACAGGAAAGAGCUCCAGCCUAGUAAGAAGUAUCAGCUGAUUAGCCAAGAUGUCUACAGGCAGCUGACCAUUGAAGAUGUCUGCUCCUCAGAUGAGGACACUUACACAUGUGAUGCAGGGGAUGACAAAACAUCAUGUCAACUACUGGUGGAAGAGCAGGCUAUCUGUAUAGUGCGGGGCAUCAAAUCAGUGAAUGUGAUGGAACCAGCACCUGCACUGUUCGAGGUGGAGACCAACCUCAAGUCAGGGAGGCCCCCAAAAUGGACCUUGAACAAUGAGAUUCUGGAACACGGUGCAGCAGUGAACAUUGGCAGGGAGGGCAGCCUCCACAGUCUCUGGUUCCCGACCACAGACAGCUCCAUGUCAGGGCCGGUGGUCUUUGUGGCUGGCAAGAGUCGAUCCACUGCUCAGCUGAUGGUGAAAGAGCGACCGCUGGAGGUUGUUCAACACUUGGAUGAUGUGGAAGCAAAAGAAAACAGUUCUGCAUCUCUGAGCUGUGAGUUUGCCCCCUCUCCAAGGGUGGUUCGGUGGUUUAAAGGUCGAACAGCUCUGAAGACCUCCAACAAGUACAGGAUGAAAAGAGAAGGGAAGCGAGCCGAGCUGGUUAUUCAUGGCCUGACAGGGAUGGAUGCAGGGCAGUACCGUUGUUUGGCUGGAGGCGCGCAGAGUACAGCACAGGUUAAGGUAGAAGUGAAAACCCUAAAGUUGGUCAAACACCUUGAACCAGUUGAGAUUGAGGAGGAUGGCAUUGCAAUGUUUUCAUGUGAGCUCAAUUACGUCGUUGCCCAUGUGGAAUGGCUCCUUAACAAUGUCCACCUCAGUUCUAAUGCCAGCAACCAGAUCCGACACAUGGGCACGAUGCACAGCCUUAUGAUGAAAAAUCUUAGACCACAGGAGAGCAGGAUCACCUUCAAAGCAGGCCUCCUCUUAGACACAACUACCCUAAAGGUCAAAGAGCGUCCAGCAGUGUUCCUCAGGUCUUUGGAAGAUGUAGUGGGGGAGGAGGAAGGAGAGAUUUCCUUGCAGUGUGAAAUUUCCAAAGAUUCAGUGACACCAGUUUGGAAGAAGGAUGGUAAGGUUCUGAUACCUGAUGAUAAAUAUGAGUUUGUGCAGUUUGGGAAAUCCGUGGUGCUGAUCAUCCACUCACUGAGCAAGGAGGAUGCUGGACAAUACACCUGUGAACUUGGCACUAGCCAGUCCAAGGCUAAAGUUACAGUGCACGACCUACACAUUACUAUUGUUCAGCGUAUAAAGACAGUUUCUGUCCAUGAGGGUGAAAGCUGCACAUUUGAAUGUCAUCUAUCUCAUGAUCUUGCUGAGGAGCCAAUCUGGACAGUUAAUGGCCAUGUGAUGGUUACCAAUAGUCGCAUUCAGCUCAUCAACAACAGCCGCACAUACAAGAUGACCAUCAGGGAUGCUGUGAUCACUGAUGCUGGAGAUGUGGUCUUUACAAUUAAAGAUCUGAGCUGUAGGACCAUGCUCUUUGUCAAAGAGAAGCCAGUACAUAUCUUCAGGGACUUGCUGAAUGUCAAGGCUGUGCCUGGAGAGGAUGCAGAGCUGAGCUGUGAAAUCACCAAACCAGAAGUCACCAUCCACUGGCUGAAAAAUGGGCAUCUCAUCAGGCAGAGCCCUAAAUACAUAAUGAGCAUAGAUAAAAAUCUGGCACGACUGGUGAUCAAGAACGCCACCAUCAAAGAUUCUGGAGAGUACUGCUGUCAGGCUGAAGGUGUUGCAUCCCGUGCCAAGCUGGAGAUCAGAGAACUGCAGCACACAUUUGUGAGGGAGCUGAGAGACACUCAGGCAGAGGAAAAAGGUAAGGUGAUCCUGGAGUGUGAGACCAGGUGGCAAGCCAAGCGUGUGACCUGGCUGAAGGGCAUCUUGGAGCUCAGGUCUGGAAAGAAGUAUGUCAUCAAGCAGAAGGGAGUGGUUCUGUCCCUAACCAUAACCUGCCUGGAGAAAUCAGACACAGAUAUUUACACAUGCGAUGUUGGAACCAUGCAAAGCCGGGCACACCUGACUGUGCAAGGUCAAAAAGUGCUGAUCUUGGAUGAAUUAGAAGAUGCAGAGUGUCUUGAGGGUGGGACCGUCACAUUCGGCUGUCGGAUUUCUCCGUGUGACUAUGUGGGGGUCAAGUGGUAUCUGGACGAGACUCUGCUUUACACCAAUGAGCUGAAUGAGAUCCAGACAGCUCCAGGAGGCCUCCACACCCUCACAUUCAGGCAGCUUGCUCGUAAAGACACUGGCACUAUUUCUUUUGUAGCGGGGAACAAAAGAUCCUAUGCUUCACUGUUGGUUAGAGAGAUGCGUCCCACCAUCAUCAAAGCUCUGGAGGACUGUGAAGCCUUCGAGGGGGGUGGUCUGGUUUUGCUCUGUGAGACUUCCAAGCCAUGCCACACAGUUUGGUACAAAGAUGGCUGCUUGAUGUGGCACUCAUCCAGAUACUUUAUCACUCGUUCUGGUUGUGAAGCCCGUCUGAUUUUUCGGGAGGUCAGCAGUUGUGAUGCUGGAGUGUACGAGUGCAGUGCUGGAUCUGUUACAACAACGGCUGUCGUUUCUGUCAAAGCCAUCCCAGCAGAGUUCACGCAGUUUCUGAGCCCUAUGGAGGCCAAAGAAGGAGAGGCUGUUACAUUAACCUGUGAAUACUCUCUGCCUGGGGUCCAGUUCCACUGGAGGAAAGGUCUUGAGAGCAUCAGACCCACAGAGAAGUAUGUGAUGAAACAGAGAAAAACAAUCAUCUCUCUUACCAUCAAAGCCCUCACACCUGGGGAUUCAGGAGAGUAUACAUGCCAGUGUAGACAACAUCACACUACAGCAAGCCUCAAAGUACACGCAAUUCCCAUCACAUUUGUUCUACAGCUAAAGAAUCUGCAGGCUGAGGAGGGCAGCAAUGUCAUCCUGCGCUGUGAGAUUUCCAAACCUGGAAUACCGGUGGAAUGGCGGAAGGAUCAUGAGCUUCUGAAGAAUGGAGUCAAGUACCAGAUGAGGAAAAGACUUACGACUUUGGAGCUGCUGAUAUGGAAGCCCGUUCCUGAGGACUGCGGGGUUUACAGCUGCGUGUGUGCCGAUCAGAUCACAUCCGCCACAGUCACCAUCACUGCUCUGCCCGUCACCUUCAAGCAGAAGCUGAGGAACGUGUUGAUCGAAGAAGGCAACACGGCAACAUUACGCUGUGAGCUGUCCAAACCGGGUCACACUGUGGAGUGGAGGAGAAGGGGCGAUGAGGUGAUCAGGAAUGGAGAGAAGUACCACCUGAGACAGAGAGAUGGACUCGUUGAACUCAGGAUUCUUGAUGUGACUCCAGAGGACAGCGACGUCUACACAUGCAUCUGUGGGAACAUAGAGACCACGGCCACGCUUACUGUCAACGUUCUUCCAGUCACAUUCAAGCAAAAGCUGAAGAACCUACAAGUUGAGGAGGGACAGAACAUCACGCUGCAUUGUGAGAUUUCUAAGCCUGGUGUCCCAGUGGAGUGGAGGCUUGGAGGAGAGCAGCUGGAGAAUGGAGAGAAGUACCAGAUCAGACAGCGAGAGUCUAACCUGGAGCUGAUCAUCAGAGAUGCUGAGCCUGAGGACAGCGGCGUCUACAUCUGUGUGUGCAGAGAGCAGAAAACAAAAGCCACGGUGAAAGUUAUCGCUGUUCCUGCAACAUUUAAAGUGAACCUGAAGAACCAGGAUGUUGAAGAGGGAAAUAGUGUGACGUUAAAAUGUGAGCUUUCAAAGAAAGGCAUCCCUGUUCAGUGGCAGAAAGAGGGCUUGGUGCUGUCUGAAGAGGGAUCCUGUGGAAAGUACCAGAUGAAGUUAGAAGAAAAAAGAGCUCUGAUGACUAUUUUCAACGUGCAACCAGAGGAUGCGGGGAGGUAUAGCUGCGUGAUGUGUGAUGAGAAAACCACAGCGGAAGUCAGAGUAAAACUACUUCCUGUCACCUUUACACGGGAGCUCCAGCGCCUGGUGGUUAAAGAAGGGGAAUGUGGCGUUUUCUGCUGUCAGCUCAGUAAACCUGAAGCUCCCGUGGAGUGGAGGAAAGAACGGAUCAUCCUGAAGUCUGGAGAGAAAUAUGAGAUGAAACGGGAAGGGCGAGUGACUAAACUGAUCAUCAACCACGUAGAAGAGAGUGAUGCUGGCAAAUACACCUGUAAGACUAAAGACAGCAUGUCAGCGGCUGAGCUCGCUGUGAAAGAUCUCCCACCUAGUUUUAAGGUCUUGUUAACUAACCAGGAGGUCAGAGAGGGCAACAGUUUGGUUCUGCACUGUGAGCUCAACAAGCCUGCUCCCUCGGUGGAGUGGAGGAAAGGAGGAGAGAUACUCAGGAAUGGAGACAAGUACCAGAUGAGGAAAAAAGACCUGCAGGUGGAAAUGAAGAUCUCAGACCUCACAGUGGAGGACUCUGGAGAUUAUACUUGUCUGUGUGGAGAACAGAGGACAGCAGCUAGGAUUGAUGUGAUUGAGAGGCCUAUUAAAUUCCUUCAAAAACUAAAGAACAUUCAAGUGCAGGAAGGAAAUGGAGUGACACUGAGCUGUGAGCUGAAUAAACCCGGAGUCCCUGUGGAGUGGAAGAAGAGUGAUGUUCUGCUAAGCAGUGGUGAAAAAUACCAGAUGAGACAAUGCGGCUCCAAACUGGAGCUUCUCAUCAGGAAAAGCUCUCCUGAGGACAGUGGCACUUACAGUUGUGUCUGUGAUGACAUCAAAACUACAGCAGUUGUCACCAUCACUGGAGUCCCGGUGAAGUUCAAACAGAGGCUGAAGAACCAGGAAGCUCUGGAGGAGGACAACUUGACUCUACACUGUGAGCUUUCUAAACCAGCAGUGCUGGUGGAGUGGAGGAGGGACGCACAACUCCUGAAGGAUGGAGAAAAAUACCAGAUGAAGCAAGAGGGCAGAGUGGCCGAGAUGCUGAUUAGAGAUUUAACUCUGGCUGAUGCUGGAGAAUACAGCUGCUCUGCUGGGACGGCUGUGACUUCAGCUGACAUCAAAGUCAGAGCUCUUCCUGUCACAUUUAGGAAAAAUGUUGAAAAUUUGGAGGAGAAGGAAGGAGACAGUGCAGAAUUCUGCUGUGAGCUCUCCAAACUUGGAGCUCCUGUGGACUGGAGAAAAGGCCGAGUCAUCCUGAAGCCUGGCUACAAGUAUGAGAUGAAACAAGAGGGACGCCUCACCAAGCUGAUUAUCAACAACCUGGAGGAGAGCGAUGCUGGCAAAUAUACCUGCAAAACCGAAGACAGCCAAUCAACAGCUGAGCUCACGGUCAAAGCUCCACCUGUCACAUUCAGGACCAAACUUAGGAACCAGCAGGUGGAGGAGGAGAACAGCCUGCAGCUGAGCUGCGAGCUGUCAAAGCCUGGCCUCGCUGCUGAGUGGAGGAAAGGAAAAGAGCUGCUGAAGAACGAUUUCAAGUAUCAGAUCCGAAACCGAAACAGCAUCAUGGAGCUGACCAUCAAAAAUGCUCAGCUGGAGGACAGUGGACUCUACAGUUGCACCUAUGGAGAUGCUAAAACCACAGCUAGUGUCACAGUUACACCCAUUCCCCUCACAUUUAAAUCGGGCCUGAAGAACCAGGAGGCUCCUGAAGGAGGGAGUGUGUGUCUGUUCUGUGAGCUGUCCAGGACCGGGGUGCCCGUGCAGUGGUGGAAGGGGGAGGACCAGCUCAGUCCUGGAGGAAGGUUCCAGAUGAAGCUGAAAGGAAAGAUAGCUGAGAUGACCAUCAGGAACAUACAGCCAGAGGACGUUGGAGAGUACAGCUGCGUCUUCGGAGGGCUGAAGACAACGGCGGAAGUUAAUGUGAGAGCUGCAGCUUCUGUAUAUUUUGAGAAGGAACUACAGGACCAAGCGGUGAUGGAGGGGAAAAGUGUGCUGAUGUCCUGUGAAGUGUCCAGUGCCAACGUUCCUGUCACCUGGAAGAAAGACAACAAGAUGGUGGAAGAAGGAGGGCAUUAUGUUCUAAAGAAGAAUGGUCCCACACACUCUCUGGAGAUCACAAAGUUGCAACUGGAGGACUCUGGAGAGUACUGUUGUAUCACCAGAGGCAAGAAGACCACUGCCAGACUAACAGUGAGAGAACGUUUUCGGAUCGUUAAAGAGCUGCAGGACGUCACAGUGACAGCAGGAGAGGAUGCUGUGUUUGUGUGCGAGCUGAGCCAUGCUGAUGUGAGCGAGGGCGUGUGGUGGCUUGGCUCAAGUCCUCUGCAGAAGAAUGAAAUGAACCAGAUGACUUGUUCCGGGCGUCAGCAGCGCCUGGUGCUGAAAAUGACAACACUUGAAGAAAUGGGGACUGUACUAUUUAUGGUUGGGGAAGAAAGGACGUCUGCACAGCUGAUAGUUGUUCCUAAACCUAAAGUUUUAUUUGAGGAAAAGCCAAAAGACUCUGUUGUCAUAGAAGGACAGACGGCUACUUUGUCCUGCACCACGUCUGACUCAACUACGUUGGUUACCUGGAGACGAAACCAUGCUCCUCUGCUGAGUGGUGACAAAUACCAGAUGUGUAAGGAGGGUAAAGUCAACCUACUGCUUAUCCAGGAUGUGGAGCCCCAGGAUGCUGGCAUAUACUCUUGUGACACAGGGGAUGUGCACAGCAGUGCCAAGCUCACUGUAAAAGAGCUUCCUCCGUUCUUCCAAGAGGAGCUGCAGAGUGUGGAAGCUGAGGAAGGAGGCUCAGCCUCGCUCUACUGCGAGCUCUCUAAACUUGGAGUGCCCAUUCAGUGGAAGAAGGACAGGCUGCCGAUAAGAGCCAGCAGGAAGUACGAGAUGCGAGAAGAUGGCUGCUUCCUCCAGCUUUACGUCAAAGAGCUGAAACUAGAGGAUAGUGGAAGCUACUCGUGCCAAGCAGGAAGCGCAGAGACCUCCGCAACCGUGUCUGUGAAAGAGAUCCCCCCGUUCUUCAAGAAAGAACUGAGAGGUGUGGAGGCUGAGGAAGGAGGAGCGGCUAUGCUGCAGUGUGAGCUGUCUAAACCUGUGCUGUCGGUGCGGUGGGAGAAGAGCAGAGUGCCUCUGAGAGCAAGCAGGAAGUACGAAAUGAAACAAGAUGGAUGCUUCAUCCAACUUCUCAUCAAUGAGCUCAAACCUGAAGACAGCGGCAGCUACACGUGUCAGGCAGGAGGGACAGCAACCACUGCACAGGUGUCAGUGAGAGAGCUCCCGCCUGUUUUCACAAAGAACCUGGAGAACAUAAAGGCUGAAGAAAGGGGCACAGCUUCGCUUUUCUGUGAGGUUUCCAAACCAAAUGUGAAUAUUCAGUGGAAAAAGGACAAACUUCUUCUGAGAGCCAACAGGAAGUAUGAAAUGAAGCAGGACGGCUGCAUCUUACAGCUCAACAUCAAGGAUCUGAGUGCCGAGGACAGCGGCAGCUACACGUGUCAAACAGGAAGUGCAGAGACGUCCGCUGCUGUAUCUGUUAGAGAGGUCCCACCAUUCUUCAAGCAGAAUUUGAAAGACGUGGCUGUUGAGGAGGGAGGUUCGGCCUCUCUGAGCUGUGAGGUGUCUAAACCAGGUGUACCGGUGCAGUGGAAGAAGAACAGACUCCCGCUCAGGUCAAACAGGAAGUAUGAGAUGAAGCAGGACGGCUGCUUCCUCCAGCUCCUCAUCAGAGAUCUCACACCUGAGGACAGCGGCAGCUACACGUGUCAGACUGGAGCUGCAGAAACAACUUCAAUGUUAUCAGUUCAAGAACUUCCAGUCUUCUUCGUGAAAGAGUUACAAAAGGUGGAAGCUGAGGAGGGAGGGACAGCAUCUCUGGUCUGUGAAGUGUCCAAGCCUGAAGUGUCUGUGCUGUGGAAGAAAAACCGCCUGAUGCUGAGAAGCAACAGGAAGUAUGAGAUGAAACAAGAUGGCUGCAUCUUACAGCUCAACAUCAAGGAUGUGAGUCCUGAGGACAGCGGCAGCUACACGUGUCAGGCUGGAGCUGCAGAGACCUCUGCAGCUGUGACUGUUAAAGAGCUUCCUCCACUCUUUAAGAAGAACCUAGUAAAUGUGGAAGCCAAGGAGGGAGGAACAGCUUCUCUGCUCUGUGAAUUGUCUAAACCUGGGCAGUCAGUAAUUUGGCAGAAAAACACGAUGCCUCUCAGAACCAGCAGGAAGUUCCAGAUGAAGCAGGAUGGCUGCUCCAUCGAGCUGGAAAUCCAAGAUCUCACACCUGAGGACAGCGGCAGCUACACAUGUCAGACAGGAAGUGCAGAAACAACGGCAACUUUAUCAGUUAAAGAACUUCCAGUCUUCUUCAAGAAAGAGUUACAAAAGGUGGAAGCUGAGGAGGGAGGGACAGCAUCUCUGGUCUGUCAAGUGUCUAAGCCUGGAGUGUCUGUGCUGUGGAAGAAAAACCGCCUGAUGCUGAGAAGCAAAAGGAAGUAUGAGAUGAAACAAGAUGGCUGCAUCUUACAGCUCAACAUCAACGAUGUGAGUCCUGAGGACAGCGGCAGCUACACGUGUCAGGCUGGAGCUGCAGAGACCUCUGCAGCUGUGACUGUUAAAGAGAUCCCACCAUUCUUCAAGGAGAGUUUGAAAGACGUGGCUGUUGAGGAGGGAGGUUCGGCCUCUCUGAGCUGUGAGGUGUCUAAACCAGGUGUACCGGUGCAGUGGAAGAAGAACAGACUCCCGCUCAGGUCAAACAGGAAGUAUGAGAUGAAGCAGGACGGCUGCGUCCUCCAGCUCCUCAUCAGAGAUCUCACACCUGAGGACAGCGGCAGCUACACGUGUCAGACUGGAGCUUUAGAGACCUCUGCUUAUGUCACUGUUAAUGAGCUUCCUCCAUUCUUCAAGAAGAACUUAAUAAAUGUGGAGGCCAAAGAGGGAGGGACAGCAUCUCUGGUCUGUCAAGUGUCUAAGCCUGAAGUGUCUGUGCUGUGGAAGAAAAACCGCCUGACGCUGAGAAGCAACAGGAAGUAUGAGAUGAAACAAGAUGGAUGCAUCUUACAGCUCAACAUCAAGGAUGUGAGUCCUGAGGACAGCGGCAGCUACACGUGUCAGGCUGGAGCUGCAGAGACCUCUGCAGCUGUGACUGUUAAAGAGCUCCCACCAUUCUUCAAGCAGAAUUUGAAAGACGUGGCUGUUGAGGAGGGAGGUUCGGCCUCUCUGAGCUGUGAGGUGUCUAAACCAGGUGUACCGGUGCAGUGGAAGAAGAACAGACUCCCGCUCAGGUCAAACAGGAAGUAUGAGAUGAAGCAGGACGGCUGCGUCCUCCAGCUCCUCAUCAGAGAUCUCACACCUGAGGACAGCGGCAGCUACACGUGUCAGACUGGAGCUGCAGAAACAACUUCAAUGUUAUCAGUUCAAGAACUUCCAGUCUUCUUCGUGAAAGAGUUACAAAAGGUGGAAGCUGAGGAGGGAGGGACAGCAUCUCUGGUCUGUCAAGUGUCUAAGCCUGGAGUGUCUGUGCUGUGGAAGAAAAACACGAUGCCUCUCAGAACCAGCAGGAAGUUCCAGAUGAAGCAGGAUGGCUGCUCCAUCAAGCUGGAAAUCCAAGAUCUCACACCUGAGGACAGCGGCAGCUACACAUGUCAGAGCGGAGCUGCAGAGACCUCUGCUGCUGUUGUUGUUAAAGAACUCUUCCCAUUCUUCAGCAAAGAAUUACAAAAUAUUGAGGCUGUGGUGGGCAGUACAGCUUCCAUGAGCUGUGAGUUAUCCAAACCUGAAGUGCCUGUCCAGUGGAAGAAGAAUAAUCUUCCUCUGAGGUCCAGCAGAAGGUUCGAGAUGAAACACAGCAGCUGUUUGGUCCAGCUCCACAUCAAGGAGCUCAAGUCUGAAGACAGUGGUAACUACUCCUGUCUCGCUGGGAGUGCAAAAACUUCUGCAACAGUGCAAGUAAAAGCACAACCAAUUCUACCAAAAGCAGGAUCCACCUCAGUUCUUCCACAAGUGUCAAAAGAACCAGAGAAGGACGGCCCUGGUCUUCCAGAGGCCAAAUCUGUUCCUCCUGAGCCCAAAAAGAGAACUAACAGGAGAAUGUCUGUUGCUAGUUCUGAGAAAGACGUGGAUCCAGUUUUUGACUUAAAGGCAUUUGAGCUUGAAGACGUUCAAAAAGGCAUCCAGCAUGUGAAAGCAACAGACAAAGGCUUUGAUGUUACACAGCAAAAGGAAAAGCAAGUGGAAAUGAAUAAAUUAACAGACAGUGAAGUUCAAGAGAAAGAUGCUAAACCACCGAGACUAUCAGAGAAGGAUCUAAGGGCUGGCAUGAAGGUCGAGGAGCCAAUAAGGAAAGAAAACGAUGUUUUCUUGAAAAAAAGACAACCAGGGGACAGCUUGGAGGAUUUUGUGAAAGUCUUCCCUGAGGUUUGUCAGUCAGUGAGCAAAACUCAGGAUGAGCUAAAACGGACGGAGAAGGAUGAUAAAACUGAAAAGAUCACGAGACGGCAAAGAAAGUCCUUUGAGGAAACAAAUGAAGGUCAUCAGAAAGAGAAACAACCAUCAACAGCAGUUGGAAAGAACAGUCAGGAUGACCAACAACCUGUGAAAACACAAGAACAGGUUCAUGAGAAACAAAUAACUGACAAACACCUUAAACCUUCAGAAAAAAGAACAGAGAAGAUGGAAGUGAAACCUUUGAUGCCUCCAGUAAGAAGUAAGACAAAGGUAGCACAUGGAGUCAGGUGUUUUUCAGACGAGACAGAGGAUGCCAUUCCUCAAGUUACCAAGUCUUCCAAGAAUGUUUCUGAAGAAAAACAGACAGAAAGUGAGAAGAGUCAAGAAUCCAAGGUGACACUGGAAGGGAUAAAUCCACCAAAACCGACAUCCGUACAUCUGCUGGAGAAACAAUCACUGGAAAAACCCGAGAAACUUAAUGAGAAAUUGUCUGAAGAUGCCUCCCCAAAGCCACCUGCAAGGCUAAAAAGCAAAGUAAAAAGAGGAAUGGAAAAACAAGUGUCAAGGGACACAGAGACCGAUGAGGACGAGCAAGAGCUGGUAAAGGCUGUGGCAGUGCCAGCUGAGGAGAGGCUGAUGAAACCACCAAAAAUGUCUUUGAGAAAAGAGAACGAAGAGAAGCUGACAGUGGAGAUGGACCAGUUCAUCGUACCGCUGGAAAAAACGAAACAACCAGUUAAACCAAUCCGAAAAGAACCUGGACUGGUUCAUGACACGAAACUGGCAGUCGAGCCAAUAAGAAGAGAGGAAGAACUCGCAGCAAAGAUGGUGGAGGACAUUCCUCUCCUCUACAUUACAGAAGAUGAAACGUUCUCUGAGGCCUUGGCUGAGCUGCCGCCUAGCCAGAUCCAGCCGAUAGUCUCGCGUGCAGACAGAGGAACAGAAGAGCUGCAGCUGCAUCCACCUGAGCCUCCAGAGGCCGACCUAAACUCAGAGGAUGAAACCCUAAUGCAAGUGGCUGCGGUCAAGAUCCAGGCAGCUUUCAAAGGCUUCAAAACCCGCAGAGACAUGCGGCCAGUUUUUAAAGAGGUGUUUGGGAACCAGACAGCUGAUCUUCAUGGUACGCUCACUCUGAAGUGUGUGGCAGAAGGGAAGCCCAGCACCGUGCGUUGGCUGAGAAACGGUCACCAAAUCACAAAUGAUGUGCGAUGCCAGGUUGAAAUGACGGCGAGUGGAGAAUGCACUCUUGUAAUCAAAAACCUAACUCACAGCGAUGGUGGGAUUUAUACCUGUGAGGUGGUUAAUAUGUUCGGAGUGUCCUCCUACAAUGGGAACGUCUCAGUAGUAAAGACCGUACCGCCGGCUGAAGCCCCCCAGAAGGGCGCACACCCACCACUCGCUGCCAUAACGCCUUUGCAGCUCGCACCAACAAAACCUGAAGUCCCGACUGGACCUCUGACUCAGAAUCAGCCUCAGAGUCAGGAGCCAGCUUCAGGAGCGCAUGCUGAAGACUAUGUAGAGAGUGUGAGUAUGUCUCUGUGGGAGGCCUUCAACCUGACAGAACAGGACACUCAGAGGAGUCUGCAAGAGAGACGAUCCUCACUAGUCGCUGUCAGCUCCAUGUCAAGUCCAUCUGAUUAUGACACAGCUCCAGAUGUAAUGGAACCUGUUGAGACAGUUCCAGACAGUACCAGCAAAUUACCGAAACCAGAGGACAAAGUACCUCCAAAGAGUGACAAGAAAGAGAAAGCUGCUCUGCAACCACUUAAGAAACUGUUGAAUGUCAGAGGGGCUCAUGUUGGUAAACUGAGAGCAUCAUCUCCAAAGCACCGGUCUCACACACCUUUAACAAGCACCGUAUCUGGAUCUGAGUCAGAGGGAGAGCAGGACAGACGAGAGACAUUUGAAAUGUACGUCGCUCGAGCCGACUGCAGUCCUUGUAGUGGAAAUAAGGACAGCUUUGUUCUGAAGGAGGGUCAGUUUGUGGAGGUCCUGGACUCUGUUCAUCCUGACAGAUGGUUGGUGAGAACCAAACCCACCAAAACCAGCACAUCUCGGCAGGGAUGGUUGUGUCCGGCGUAUCUGGAGAAGAAGAGAAAAGAAAUCUUCCCACAAAGAGUUCCUCAAGAAGAUCUUGAUGGAAUUGGGUCUACGGGAGAAGAAUACAGGAGAGCUCUGAGUCAGCUGAUCCAAGGCCUGAUUGAUGGAGAGGAGGAGUUUGUAAAAGCAAUGAAGAUGUUCAUCUCCCACCGGCUCAACCAUUUGGACUACAGCCACCGCGUCCCCAUCAACGUCCUCAACCAGAAGGAGGUCAUUUUCAGGAACAUCAAAGACAUUGUGCUCGUUCAUGAAUGCUCCAUCCUUCCUGGUCUGAGAGGGUGUGUCACUGAUGAUGACGUCGCCAUGCUUCUGAUCAAACACACUGAACUCUUUGAAAAGUAUCUUCACUACAUGGUGGGACAGGCUCAAGCAGAGGCCUGCAUCAGCGACAAAACCAUCCAGCAAUUCUUCAAUGAGAUGCCAGAACCAGACAGGCCAGAUGCUCCUCUCAUGGAUGUUCUCACUUUUCUCCAGCAACCAGUGGAGAGGAUUCAGACCUACCAAGCUUUACUGAAGGAGUUAAUAAAGAACAAAGCCAAGAGCAACCACAGCUGUUUUCUAUUAGAAGAUGCCUUCUCCGUGGUGUCCUGUUUGCCUUGGAGGUCUGACAACAUGCAUCAAGUGUCCCUGAUCGAGAACUAUCCAGCUCCUCUGACUGCUCUGGGUGAACCUGUCCGACAGGGAGUCUUCACUGUAUGGGAGGAAUCUCCAGAAAUUAAGACUGCCUCUAGAGGGCAUCAGAGACAAGUCUUUCUCUUUAAGGAGUGUAUAGUUCUGUGUAAACUGAAGAGAGACAUUAGCAUGAACCGGGACACAUACAUCUUCAAAAACAAAAUGAAGCUGAAUGAUGUGGAGAUGAAGGAGACUGUAGGUGGAGAGGACGGGUCUUGGGGUUUGUGGCAUGAGCACAGAGGCUCCAUAAGGAGGUACACACUCCAGACCCACUCCACUCUAGCCAAACUAUCCUGGCUGAAAGACCUGAAGGAGCUGCAGCAACAGUCCAGCCAGUCCUCCAGCAGACCUCCAGUGUUUGAGUCUCUGUUGUGUGACUGUAUAAAACAGACAGGACAGACGAUCAAACUGGCCUGCAGGGUGUCAGGAGCUCCAAAGCCAGUUAUCCACUGGAUUAAAGAUGGUCUUCCUUUGGAGGACGACCCACGUCACAUCAUCACAGCCGACAGGUCGGGGACGUGCAGUCUCGUCCUGGACUGUCUAACGGCCGAGGACUCAGGACAGUACAUGUGCUAUGCUACCAGCUCCAUAGGCCAGGCUGCAACUCUGGCUAGGGUGGUGGUGCAGGCUCCACCCAGGUUUGUGAGUCGACUGGAGAGUGCUUGUCUGAUAGAAGGAGAGGAUAUUCUGUUCUCCUGUUCCACACUAACUACUCCUUUACCAAGAGUCAGGUGGUUGAAAGAUGGCAGCGAGUUGAUCAGCAAUGAUAAAUAUCACAUUGUGAAUGACAGCCGGAGUAGGAUCUUGUCUCUAACCGUUAUUGGGGCCACAGAGGCAGAUAUAGGACAUUAUGAGUGUGAGCUGUCUAAUGAACUUGGCUGUGUGAAGAGCAAAGCAGGUCUUUGUCCUGCUUUUGUGCCACGGACUGAUAUCCAGAGUGACCAGCCACAGGACUUACCUGCUAAAGAUGCUGAUUCUGAGGGCUGGUCGACUGCCUUUGUGAAGAAAUGGUUACAGACCGACUUCAACCCCACCUCCAUCGCCAAGAUGCUGUUUCCUGCUGGAGACUCUGAACAUGCCAUCACAGAUCUUCACUCCUCUCCAUCGGAUCAAGCAGGACAGCUGCCUCCAUGCUACCUAGAGGAAGAAGAAGAGAUCUACAUAUCAGAGCACAUGCAUGAAAUCACAGAUGCUGCUCCUUCCAUCCAGGUACCUGCUGAGGACCUGUGUGUAGAACCAGGAAAACCAGCAACCUUCACAGCCAUCAUCACAGGAAGACCCACUCCUAGGAUACAGUGGUACAAGGAUGGAGAGGAGCUUUCAGCCAAUGACAAUGUAAAGAUGGAGCAGCAUGGCGCCCGCUGCUCACUGACCAUUUUGUGCCCAGAGGGGGAGGACAGUGGAGUGUAUACCUGCUUUGCUCAGAACGACUCUGGCCACGCCUUUUGUGAAGCCCAGUUAAAUGUUGAAGAAGGUCCACUUGAAACUGAGGAGAAAGAGGUGGAGCUGGGGAGAAGGAGGAAAUUAUUCUCUGUCUAUGACGUCCAUGAAGAAAUCGGAAGGGGAACUUUUGGAGUGGUAAAGCGUGUCAUCCACAGGAGAACAGGGGAGGUGUUUGCUGCCAAGUUUCUGCCCCUGCGGAGCAGCACUCGGACCAGGGCCUUCCAGGAGCGGGACCUGCUGUCUCGAUUGGCUCAUCCCAGAGUGGCCUGUCUGCUGGACUUCUUUCUCACCAGACGCACACUGGUGUUGAUCACUGAAAUCUGCUGCUCUCAUGGACUCCUGGACCAUUUAUUUCUGAGAGGUUCAGUCUCAGAAAAAGAGGUGCAGUUGUAUGUCCAGCAAAUUCUAGAGGGGGUCGGUCACAUCCACAGCAUGAACAUCCUGCAUCUGGACAUCAAACCGGAUAAUAUUUUGAUGGUGUAUCCACCAAGAGAUGAGAUCAAACUCUGCGAUUUUGGUUUCUGCCAGGAAAUAGACACGUCCCGACACCAGUACAGUGUGACUGGUACACCUGAGUUUGUUGCGCCAGAGAUCGUUCACCAAGAGCCCGUCACUGUGGCCACUGACAUUUGGGCCGUGGGUGUUAUGGCAUACCUCUGCUUGGUAUGCCGAUGUCCUUUCGCUGGCGAGACUGACCGUGCAACGCUGCUGAGGGUUGGAGAGGGAACUCUUAACUGGGAUGCUCCAGACGUCAUGUGCAGGACUCCUGAAGCCAAGAGUUUCCUCCACUUGGUCCUUCAGCCUGAUCCAGAGAAGAGACCAUCUGCCUUUGAGUGUCUGAGCCACGAGUGGUUCCAGGAUGAGCACGCAGGAGAAGACAGUGAAAAGAUCAACACAAAGACUUUAAAAGUCUUCAUUUCUAAAAGAAAAUGGCAGCGUUCGUUGACCUGCAUCGGCUCGGUGUUGACCUUGAGACCCAUUCCUGAGCUGCUCGAAGCUCCUCUCAGAGAAACUUCAGUGACGGUUCCCUGUGAGCCUCAGGAGCACAGCAGCACAUCCCUGAGCAGUGGUUCCUCGUCCGAAUACGACGAGGCAGACUCCUGGGACUUUUUUCAGCACUGCAGCCAGACUGAGGAGGAGGAGGAAACAGAGGAAGAAUAUGAUCCCCUAACAGAAAGGGCACAGAUGCCUGAGAGUCUUGCUAAACACCACCUGGGUAGAGAGGAGGAUGACGAAGGGACAUUAGAGGAGGAAGAGGUUGGGGAGAUGUUGGAGAAGAGGAGUGUUAUAGAGAGGAGUGUCAGUAGGCAAUCACUCGCUUCAUCAACAUCAGACCAGCAGACGCCUCAGAGGGAGCGCCGCUUCAGCAAGGACAGCAAUCCAUCCUUGUGUUUCUCAGAUGGUGAUGACGGCUCUGGGAGCGAAGGAGGGCGCAUCCCUCGAAGGAACCUCAUCCGAAGCACCUUCUACAACUCCUCUCAACAGCUUUCACCAAUGUCCGCCAGACACAUGACUUUAAGAGACAAAUUCCAGGCAAAAAAGCAGGAGAGAGGCCGCAAACCCUUGAGGAGGAGCUUCUCAGGACGCCUCAAUGAGCCUCUCAUUGAGUACGUGGAGGAUGAAGCUGAGAGCAGCCGCGGACAGAGACGGGGAUCCGUCCAGCCCACCAUGCAGAAGUCCUGCUCCUUUGAUAGUGGAGUGGGUCUCCUCCAAACCAGUCUACCUCCUCACAGACGGAGCAGGUCUCUGGAUGAAUCAUGUCGCCGAUCUCCCAGUUCACUCUGUGGUACAAAGAGAAGUGAAGAGGUGGACUCUCAUAGUGUGAAGGAAGAUGUCACAGAUGAUGAGGCAGCAGGAAGACACUCACUGGAUGUCCCAGCAUCUCAGCAAACCACAAGAAGAAGAGGCUCUGUUGCUGCGGCAACAGUCACUCAAACACUCAGUGGGUUGCCUCGAUCUUCUGACUUCCUUGCAAGAGACAGAAGGAGGUCCGGGUUCGAGCAGCAAACAGAGGGGGAGAACUUUGGCAGCUCCCAAGGAUCUUUGGCAGAGUCUUUUAUUUUGGAGCACGGUGACUCUGAGUCAUCGAGUAGACUUGGAUCCUUUGAAGAGCUGAGUCAUGCUCAUCGUGGUAGAGAAAGUGAUGACUAUGAGGGUGAACCUCUGAUUUCAACAUCCCCUAGCUCAUUUCAUGAAAUAAAACCUAGAAGCUCAUAUCCUCAGGCUCCACCACGUAACCGCACGCGCUCUAAUCCCAAUUUAUCAACAAGCAGCAGAGGUCGGACUGGGACGUCAGUAACACCGAGUCCCAGUCCCAGCCUCUCCUCUUUGCAGGCUCCUGAAAGACCUCCCAGAUCCAGGGACAAGAAGGAGAGCUCUGGACUUCAAAGGCACGCGUCCGCUCCGGCCCUUGAAGUCCGGCCGCCGCCAAGGAAAUCGCCCCAACUAGGACUGCUGAAGAUUUUCCGCCGGCAGUCCUGGACAGGUCAUUCCUACUCCCAGCUGGAUAAUGCAGAGUUAGGACCUACGCUGGGAGAGAUCAUGAAGCCUGACACACCAUCUCUAUCUCUGAGGAAGACGAUGAGAGCUUCAGCUUCCAGUCUGACCAAACUGUUUUCCAGGUCUUCCAGUAAGGAGGAUGUGAGUAAAGGAGGGCCAAUAGUGAAAGGAUCAGCUCCAUGCCCACUAGAGAGGGAGAGCAGCAGCGACCUCGAGAGUCCAAAACGGAGAAGCUCCAAACUCCUGUCCUCUUUUAAAAUGCCAGUAUUCAAAAAGACAAAGGUUCGUCCCAGCAAGCCUGAGGUGCUGCAGUUACAUGGAGGUGGAAUUCUGUUGGUGUGGAGGCCCGUUCAGUCCACUGACCCGGUCACUUACUGUGUGCAGUCCUGCACAGAAGGUGGAGAGUGGACGGUUCUGUCAGACGAGCUGGCGGAGAGCUGUUAUGUGGUGAAGAACGCGGCCAAAGGAGCGACUUAUGUGUUCAGAGUGGGCUGCGUUGCCAAGAACGGAGCGGGGCCUUUCAGCGAACCUUCAGCUCCCAUCGUCAUGGCAACACAUCCAGAAGAACUCCGUGUUCCUCUUAUCCAGACCGAGCAGCUUGGGUCAAAGGUCGCCGGUUCAGCAGGUCAAACAAUAAACAAGAACUACAGCUUUCUCUCUGAGAUCAACAGGGGUCGUUUCAGUGUGGUGACCUUGUGCAGGGACGUGGAGACGUGUCAGGUGUUCGCUGCUAAGAUCACCCCUUACCAGGCUGAGCAGAGACAACUGGUGCUGCGAGAGUACCAACUGCUGAGGAGGCUUCACCACCUCCACCUGGUUCUGCUGCACGCCGCCUUCAUCACUCCCACUUACAUGGUGUUAGUGGAGGAGCUCUGCCCAGGCAAGGAGCUGCUCCACUGUCUGGCUGCGAGAGACCUGUACUCAGAGACUCACGUCACAGAGCUGCUGCUGCAGGUCGUGGGAGCGGUGGACUACCUUCACAGCCGCCGCGUCAUCCACCUGGACCUGAAGUCUGACAACAUGCUGGUGGACGACUGCAACCACCUGAAGAUUGUGGACUUUGGCUCAGCUCAGUCCUUCGUACCCGGACAGCCUCUCAACGUCGAGCACAUCCACGGCCUCUCAGACAGCAAAGACCGCUGCGGGAAAGUUUAUAUUGUCCUUCCUAAAGCUCCAGAAAUCCUGGAGGGUCAGGGAGUGGGGCCUGAGACUGACAUCUGGGCUGUUGGAGUUCUCUCCUUCAUCAUGUUGAGCGCUGACAGUCCGUUUCAUUCGGAGCUCAGCUGGGAACAGGACAGAAACAUAAAGAAAGGGAAGAUCCAGUUUGGACGCUGUUAUCCGGGCCUGUCCGAGGGAGCCUUGAACUUCAUGAAGAGCAGCCUGAACAGCAAAUCCUGGGGGAGACCCACUGCAGCAGAGUGUCUCCAGAACCCGUGGCUUUGUGCUCACCGCGGCCCACACAAAGCCCGGCACUCCAAAGUGUGUUUCUCCACGGAUAAGCUCAAAGCUUACCUCAAGCAGAAAGAAGAGAAACGAGAUCAGGUGUGCACAAAGCUGCAGGGCCCAUUCUUUAAGUGAUGCGAUGAUGCAAGAAAAAAAUAUGUUUCAUGUCAGCUGUUUCCUGUUUCAUUUUUAUAGAGCGCUAGCACCAGAUCCACUUCAUAAAAUCAUAGUUUGCCCUGAUUUUGAACGUGCAAAAGGUUCUCAAUGGGGUUCAGUGUGCGCGCGCUGAAUUGUGUGUGAUUAGUUCUUAUUGACACACAUCAGGGAUAAAACUGCAUCUAACAGUUGUGCAGAAAUAUGAUUGUUUGCCAUGAGGAUUUACUGCUGUGCUUCUCUCUGCUGCCCAUCUUUGGUCUUACAGUUGGAAUUUUUUUCUUGGUAUUCUUGAAAACAAAGAAAGAAAAUAUAUUUCAGGAACGUUUCUGAUGCUUUACAUGAUCAUUUUUAAGUUUGCAAACACUAAUAGACAUAGAUUAGAUUAGAUGUUAGAUUGCUCAGGUUGUUUAACUGCUCGUGGUGUGUUGAGUGAAAAAAACGAAAAGAUGUUAUGUCACUGAACUCGUUUUUAUUUCUAUGUCUGAGUUUGAGAUCUGAAGUGUUUACUUUUUCUUCUCAGAUGCACAAAUUCUUCAUUUUAGACCUGAAGAUAAAUUUUGGUAAUGCAUGGAGUAGAUUUGUCAGUGCUGCAAUAGAAAUCGUUAAACCAAAUGGCUAUUUUGACUAAUGGAAAUGUUUCGUGUUUAUUAUCCAGCAUGCCGGAGUCAGAAACGGGCUCUUAGAGGCUCAGUCUGUUUCUAAAUUUAUAAAAUCUCUAUUUGUAUUUCUGUAGUGGUCAGGCAAAUUAGAAAAUAUAUUUCUCCUGGAGUAAUUAUGCUGUUCAUUUCUCUGGAUUUAACAGAUUUCAGAUCAUUUACCCUUAACAAAUGCACAGCAGCAUUUGUCUCUGUCCUAGAAUGAACAACCAGCUGUCUGUACAAACAUGGGGAAAUAAAUAAAAAGGCUGUUUUUCCAGAUGCAUUUAUUUCA